GCGGAGGUGCAGAGAGGGCCGGCCACAACUCGCUGUAACGUGAGCCUGGCUCCGGCGGAAGGGCUGGCAAGGGCCGAUCAAAGGCUGACUCCCAGGCUCCGAAGACAGAGCGAGCUUCGCCCUCCAUUGGCAGAGACCGGCAGGCGUCCCGGAGGAGAUGCUCUGCACUCCUUCCCUCAUCUCCGCCUUCUGACUGAGCCCGGGUCCGAUGCGGAAACAGCCGAGCGGAUCCGGAAACAACCGAAAGGACCCGGAAACGGUGAGCGCGGUCACUAGGGAGUGCGGGAAUCCACCGUUUCCACUGAGGCAAUGGCGGCAGCUGCGUCGGCGGCGGCGGGCGAGGACAGCCGGCGGCGGCCGGGGGUCGCGCUGGCCCACCAGCCCCAGGAGGGGGCAAAGAUUGAGGCCGAGUCUGGGGAGCUCCGCCGGCUUCGAGCCGAGCUGGCAGGUGCCCUGGCAGAAAUGGAGACCAUGAAGGCUGUGGCGGAGGUGAGCGAGAGUACGAAGGCCGAGGCUGUGGCUGCAGUGCAGCGGCAAUGCCAGGAGGAGGUGGCCUCAUUGCAGGCUAUCCUAAAAGACUCCAUCAGCAGCUAUGAAGCCCAAAUUGCUUCUCUGAAACAGGAAUGGCAGCAGCAGCAGCAGGACUGCGAGGAGAAGGAGCGGGAGCUGGGCCGGCUGAAACAGCUGCUGUCCCGCGCUCACCCUCUGGACUCCUUGGAGAAGCAGAUGGAAAAGGCCCAUGAGGACUCCGAGAAACUGCGGGAGAUCGUGCUGCCCAUGGAGCAGGAGAUUGAGGAGCUGAAGGAGAAGCUGCUGAGGGCGGAGAAGCUGAUUCAAGAGAUCCAGAGACGGCCCCAGCACCCCCAUUCCCUGCACGGCUCCACGGAGUUGCUGCCCCUGUCCCGGGACCCGUCUCCCCCACUGGAGCCUCUGGAGGAGCUGAGUGGAGACGGGGGUGCAGCGGCUGAGGCCUUUGCCCACAACUGUGACGACAGCGCCUCCAUAUCCUCCUUCUCCCUUGGCGGUGGGGCCAGCAGCAGCACCUCCAUGCCCCAUAGCCGCCAGGGCCUCAGCCCUGAGCAGGAAGAGACAGCCUCCCUGGUGUCCACGGGCACCCUGGUCCCUGAGGGCAUCUACCUGCCCCCUCCUGGUUAUCAGCUUGUCCCAGACAACCAGUGGGAGCAGCUGCAGACAGAGGGGCGGCAGCUGCAGAAGGACCUCGAGAGCCUCAGCCGCGAGCGGGACGAGCUGCAAGAGGGCCUGAGACAGAGUAAUGAGGACUGUGCCAAGCAGAUGCAGGUACUCCUAGCCCAGGUCCAGAACUCGGAGCAGCUGCUGCGGACCCUGCAGGGGACCGUGAGCCAGGCCCAGGAGCGGGUUCAGCUGCAGAUGGCAGAGCUGGCCACCUCCCACAAGUGCCUGAGUCACGAAGUGAAGCGGCUGACUGAGGAAAACCAAGGGCUCCGGGCUGAGCAGCCUCCAUCUGUAGCCCCCCGGGGCCUGGAGCAGGAGGACGGCAAGCAAGAGGAGCUUCCCAGCUCGGUGCUGGAGCUGCAGCAGCUGGUGCGAUGCACGCGGCAGGAGGCGUGGGCCCGUCAGCAGGCCUGGGAGCACGAGGCUGAGCGCCUUCGCAUUGAGAUCGUGACGCUGCGGGAGGCACUGGAGGAGGAGGCUGCGGCCAGGGCCAGCCUGGAGGGGCAGUUGAGGGUGCAGCGGGAGGAGACAGAGGUGUUAGAGGCUUCCCUAUGCAGCCUGAGGACGGAGCUGGAGCGGGUCCAGCAGGAACAGAGCAAGGCUGGGCGGCAGGAAGCACUGAGGCCACCAUCAGCCUCGGGCCAGAUGGAGGAGGUCCCACUCACUGACCUCUUCUCAGAACAGAGGGCCAAGGUGCUGCGGUUGCAGGCGGAGCUGGAGACCAGUGAGCAGGUGCAGAGGGAUUUCGUACGUCUCUCCCAGGCCCUGCAGGUACGCCUGGAACAGAUCCGCCAGGCAGAGACUCUGGAGCAAGUGCGCAGCAUCCUGGAUGAGGCACCCGUCAGGGAUGUCAGGGACAUCAAGGACACCUGAAGGGCCAGGGCGAGAACCUCCCCCAUUCCCACCCACCGGGGAGAGACUGCCUUUCUUCACUCCAGAACCUGAGGCCUGGGCUUUGGGGCUUGGGAUAGAGUCUUUGCCCUCUGCA